AUGUCUAAAGGUUUUCUCAUUUUUAUGUUCACCUUGACGAUGUUACUGUUCUUCAAAGAAACAAUUAUUUUAGCACGGAGUGGAUGUCUCCCUGAGAAGGAAAAGGAUGCUCUUCGUGAAAUAGCUGAAUCGUUGGGCAAAAAGCACCUGAAUCCUUGUCAUGAACAGGAAAGACCCGAAUCACCCGAUAUGCCAUCCUACAACGAUUCCAUCAUCUGCAGUUCUCCUUCCGCUGAUGGUGUAUGCCACGUAGAAUCGAUAUCUCUGAAAGGACAGGAUUUAGCAGGAGUCCUUCCACCCUCACUGGCGAACUUAACUUACCUCAAGUCAAUUGAUCUUACUCGCAACUACCUCAGUGGUACAAUACCCAAGGAAUGGGAGGAAACCAAAUUGGAGUACAUGUCUCUUAUGGCGAACCGCUUAUCUGGACCCAUACCGAAAUACUUAGGAAACAUUUCUACCCUUGUAUAUAUGAACCUGGAGAGUAACAGGUUUAACGGGACCGUUCCAGCAGAACUAGGGAAGUUGGUCAAUUUAAAGACUCUGUAA